GAAAUGACUCAUAGGAGUUGAACUGUUAGCGUGGGUGUGUGCGCUAUUAAAACAAGGCGCAGACUCCUCCGGGUGACUCACUCUGAUGCUCGCUUUUCCAUGCUGAAACCCAGCACGGAUUGUUAAUCAGAUGAACUUUCGGGAAUUGUGUAGCCGACAGCGAGAAGCUUUUUACCCGCAGACGACAUGGCUUCAAACGCUCUCUGCGCGCUGUGCGGACUUAUUAUAGCGGCUGUGACCAAUUUCUAUGGUGUCAGCGCAGAGAAAAGUCAGUGCGGCAGUUCAGAGUUUUGGAACUCAGAUUUGGACGUUUGUGUGCCGUGUGCAUCAUGCAAGCAGUACCCAAAGACCCCAUCAUGCAACACAUGUAAAUCUGUGGAGGAGACAUCUGAUGUGUGGAAGUUGGCAGCCAUCACCAGUUUCUCAGUGCUGGCUGUCGUGCUGGUUGGUGCUGCGUUGAUCAUCGGGGUCAUGGUGCAUCGGCGCAAGUCACACAAGCGGCCUCUACGUGAACCCAUUGAAGAAACAGCAGGGCCACUUUAUCAAGCUUAAACAUUUCACCUCAUCUUCCUCUGGAAACAGAUGUGACAGAAGGAGCGACUGGUUCAGAGCCGGAUGGAGGAACCUCUGGACCACGAACUGUAUACUCUGACUGCAGGGUAUCUCUUGACCAGAAUUGGACCAUUUUUAUUUAUUAGACUGUUGAGUGCAGAGACAUGCUCAGUUCUCACGCUCUGUGAAGGUCUAACAGUGACCACAGGACUUAACAACGAGCAACUCUCACACCUCUGUAGGAAUAGUAACAACAUUAUAUUAGUGGUAUAGUUUUAAAGAUUUAGCGUGCCUUUUAUAUUCCACUUAAAUAAGAUGUUGAUCUGGGUUUACAGAUGUUUGAUUCAGAAGUAAGAAAAAACUACAGUCCUUUCCUCAGAGAGAUGGAUGCUUUCCAAAUCCUGUAUUGUGCUGUUCUCCAGCAGGACUCCAAUGAAUGUAACACAGCUACUGCUGCCUGCUGGGCUGCAGUUUGAUCUCCUGCUAUUCAGUAUGGGUUAGACGGGGUCUCUCUGCCGGUCCUUUACCACAACAGCCUCUUAAAAGAUAAAUCAACAUGUGAAUAAGACAUACAGUUAGGCACAUUAAGGCCAUUUGAAUGUAGCUACUUUUAUAGUAGUUCUUUUAGUAGCCUCACACAGUGAUAAAGCUGUUGAUUUAAGGGAGCAAACUGUACUCGUUCACUGUUACCGGGUCUCCUGAGACCAACACAGACCCUGUUUUGCAGGUCAUUACAAUAUUGUCUUGUCUGUUUUAAUGUUACUAGGUUUUUAAGGAUGAUUUUUCUCUAUCACAACCCCAGAAUUCGCACGUCAAUGUCCCAGCGCUUGUAGGGUAGGAUGUUUGAAACACUAGACAUACAAUCUCAAACUGCUAACACGUGGGAAUGCUGCGAGGAAUGUACUGUAGUGAAGAAAAUUACACCUACAGUGUUUUUAGGUGGAGUUACACAAUCCCUAUGCUUGCCAACUCUUGACCUGUCGUUUCAGAUCUGCCACAAGGCAAACAGAUGUGUGUCUAGUUGUCUGUUUGUAAUUUUGUAGCCAUUGAAACCAGCGAGACCAUGGUGGGCUGGGUUGUUGUUUUUCACUUUUUUAUAGCUCAAGAUGUUGUUUAUCUUCCAAACAUCAUGCAUUAUGUGGUUACUGAGAUAUUUAAUGUGACUGACAAUGUUUCAGGUCAUAUUUUUGGAUCUGUCUGCUUGUGGGUAAACUGCCUGCCCUCUGGCAGAAAAAUCACUUAGAAUACAGAUACUUCCUUACUUCUUUAGAUUUUUAUAUUAUUUAUUUGAAAGUAUCUCGCAGUGUUGUUUUUUCAUCGACUGCGAAUGACAAGCACAGUUUUAAAGGGACUCCAGUGAAGAUUUGUGUUAAACUUCCGCCAGGCCAGCCAACGACGAUACUGAGCAAUAACUAACAUUUCCUGCUUAUUUCUCUUGCUUUCUAUUUCUAAUUGUAUAUACUGUACAUGCACUGGCUUCUUUUACUUAAUGCAAUCUUAUAAACUUCUUUGUGUACCAAAUGUAUUUUCACAAUAAAACUGACAACUUCCGAUAAUAA